CAGUUGGAUUUACGAACGUCUAUCCUGUGUACACUGAUGAUUCAAAUUCAAAUUUAAAUUGUGAUUUAAAAGAAGAAUUCCGAGACAUACCUGGUAGAUUGACAGAAUGUCGUACUUAUCUUGCAAGCAUGACAAUUGGUUGGAUCAUGGCAUUAUUAUUCUUAUUUACGACCAUAUAUACAAUUUAUUUAUGUGUUCAACGUGAGAAAAUUCGUAAUCAAUUUGCUCAAAAUGAAAAUGAAAAAGAUAGAACUGGGUCACCCUCACCCAGUUAA